AUUUCAUGGUUAUGCUGCUGCUCAGGAUAUUAUCCGAUUUGAGAGGGUAUUGCAGCUCACUAUGGUUAUAUUGUUGCUCAGGAUAGUAUACGAUUUGGAUUUGAUCGAGGACGGCCAACUUCGAUUGGAUACUAUCCUGAGCAACAAUAUAACCAUGAAACGCCCAGGCCCGGGCAUGUUUGGAGCCUACAAGUCUUCCAGACGCCCUGUCGCCGACCUCGACUUCCACGAGAUGAAUUUCCUCAAGAGAAACGCCGAGGGUGCCCAAAACAACCCGCUAUCUGCAUCAAGAGCUCGAGAAAGGAGGCGAGAGGACCGCAUCGGCGAGGAGGACGGCGAGAGGACUGCAUCGGCGAGGAGGACGGCGAGGGGACCGCAUCGGCGAGGAGGACGGCGAGAGGACUGCAUCGGCGAGGAGGACGGCGAGAGGACUGCAUCGGCGAGGAGGACGGCGAGAGGACCGCAUCGGCGAGGAGGACGGCGAGAUGUUGCAAAGAAGCGGGGCGUGCAGUAGAUUAGUUACUUGUAAGACCUCUGGUCUGGAAGCUAGGAAAGAUGGCGAGUGUGAGACCCUCAGGCUCUAUGUACCAGUGCUCGGUAGAGGAGCUACCCAGCACCGACCGGCCACGAGGGACGGCGCCGCCGGCCAGCGCGUCGAGGGCUCCUGGGCGCACGCAUCGUGGCAUGACUUUUUCUGAUUUUCACCUCAUCAUCACGAAAAAGCGGCGCGGGUUAGCACUGACCAAUGUAAUCUCAUGUAUAAAUAAUGACCGAGUAGGAAAUGUCCUAAGAGUUGGAGAUCCUUGAG